AUGUCUUGGACCACUCGUCUGGGUCAACUUGUUCUAGUUGGCCUGACUGCCUUUGGAUUCAAGGCUCUUCUUCUAUUCUCUCUCGCUAAUGGCUUUGUCGAACACACACAGCAACCCCAUGCAACGGGCAAGUUCCUUGGUCCGUCACUCCCCUCGUCCUCUACCAAGGAUGUAUUCAAACAUGAGGACGUGCCGAUGAAGCCCUGGCUGUCUGGAAUUUCACAGCGUAUGGAUCGUCAAAACCAGGACUUUCUCAUUUUCAUGUGGCCAUUUGUGGAUGGGACGCGGCCUGACGCAGCCUUGGUAUUUGCGAACUUCGCCGGCGCUGCAGGAGCAACGUGGAUGUUGAUUGUAGUGGAAAGCACGAGGAAAGCCCAUCAGAAUAAGAGGCUUCUUGCUUAUGUCUUUCCCUGGGGAUAUCUUUUCUUCCACUACUCUCAUGCAAUGACCACUCCGCUAUAUGCGAUAUGGAAUUUAUUCUGGUCUCCUCUGGAGACUACUUCUAGAAAGCAAGACUAUGUUAUCAAUCGUGUUGAGACUGUCGGUUUGCUUGUUAGCCAAGUUGUGGCAUAUGUUAUUCCUAUGGCACUGUUCGCCGCACCUGUGCCAAAUGUGUUAAGCGUCUUCCAAAAACAGACGGUAGUAGCAUGGUAUCAACCAUGGAGUGUUUGGAUUGCCGUGACCCAUUUCUUGGUUACUAUCAUUGCCCGCUCUUGGAUACGACAACCACACCCAGAGGGCAGUUCUACUCCUGCAGCCUACCGCUCAGCCCGUUCAAACCACCGUGCCAUUUACGCAUUCACAUUUGCCCUAGCAGCAAUUCCACACCUGGUUGUCUUGUCUAUUACUCUUACGGCUCUGCUCUUCCCCGGCCUGUAUUCUAGCAGACUAACCAGCCUACUCAGUUUACAGAAUGUGUUUAUUCCUCCAUCACCAUGGUCGGACACAAAAGCACCACACCUUGUUGAAGGGUGUAAAUGGCUACUCCAGUGGGAUUACAUCACUGGAUCGACAGGUGUGCUGGUGUGGGUUUUGACACGGUACAUCGCUCUGCAAAUGUCUACUAGUCGAGAAAAACGAGCUUCAUGGUUUGGAUUAGCCGGGAAAGUGCUGGUAUGGACAGUUCUUGUAGGACCAACAGCGGCUGCUGUUGAAAUAUUGUGGGAGAGAGACGAGAUAGUGCUUGACGCCGCUAUCGAAGAGGCGACGCUGGCAGAAGCAAAGAAGGCCUCAUGA